UGUUUAGAGAAUCAAGUUCGACGUUGUGCUAGGCGAAAACUGAGCUCGAUAUUGGACGCCUAACGAACGAAAGCGGAUUCGAAUAUUUUGUGAACAUUUCAUUUUUCGGUUAAACGUUUUUUUGUAAAUCUGUUUUAUUUUUUUUUUAUUUUUUGAAAUUUCAUUUUAACCAAAUUCAAUAUGACACGCAAUACUUUGUGCGCUCUUUAUUUAUUGAUCGCAAUCAGUGCGGUUCAUUCAGCUUCAUAUUAUCGUUUCGGGCGUGAAGUAGUAGUACCUUCAAUUGAAAUGGAAGUCAAAGAAAUGGUCUCUGAGUAUAAAAAAGAUGAACCAAUUGUUGAAGAAAUUGUAGCCAUGGUGGCCGAACCAGAAAAUGUUGCAGAAAUGGUUAAAAAUAUUCCAAUUGUUGAAAGUAUGUUGCCAGUCGUUGAAACUGUUGAAAAUAAUGUCGUUGCUGAUGGCGUUGGCGAGAAAGUGGUUGCCGAAUUUGUAAGUGAUGAAGGUCGUGCAAAACAAAAUCCAGUACUUCGUUUCGAUGCUUUGGAAGUUAUUCAACCCGGUGGUGGAAAAUCCGAAAAAGUUACAACCGUUGCUGAAACCGUAAAAAAUGCUGCCGUUGAAGCAAUUGAAAAGCAAAAUCAAGAAGUCGCCGCCGAAAGCGUGAAAAUUGAAGAGCCAAUUCCAGAGAAAAAAGACGAACAAGUUGUUGCUGCAGCUGUUGUUAAAUCAGUGCCAAAUGUUGAACCUGUCGUUCAAAGUGUUGAUGUUGCGGUAAAAUCAUCAGAAUCAGUGGCUGUCGUUAAAGAUGAAAGUGUUGUAUUGCCUGCUGUUGAAGUUGAAAAAGUUGUUGAAAAAGAAUCGGUACGUUCAGCUGAUCCAGAGCCAGCAAAACCAGAAGAGCCAGCAAAACUUGAAGAGCCAGCUAAAUCAGAAGAGCCAGCUAAAUCAGAAGAGCCAGCUAAAGAAGAAAAAGCCAAGCCAGAAGAGCCAGCUAAAGUAGAGAAAGCCGAACAACCACAAUCAACUGAACCAUCAGUGCUGAAACAAAGUCAAGGCCCACUUGAUCAAAUAACAAACGCAAUUAAUUCAAUUGCAACAAACUUUCAAAAUGCUGGAUCAAACUUUCAAACUACUCUAACCAAUCUCUUCCCAAAUAAUCCAUUCGCAAAUCGGCCACAAUCAGAUGCAACAUCAUCCGAAGACGCUACUCUCAAUACUGCCGAACAAGCUCCAUCCACUGCUGCUGCUGUCAUCCAAUCGGCGGAACCAGCCAGCACCACAGCAUCACCAAACAUUUUACAAAAUAUACAACAAGCCAUCACACAAUUUACCAACAACAUUAUUCCAGCAAAUCUUCGACCAACUACCGCACCAUCAGCCGCAGCUCCAGAAGUACCAAUCGUUGUGGGUGGAACACGCGUUGGCGAAGAAGCAGUUCAGGUUGUUGAACAUAUCGAUGUUGUCAAUGACAAAGUUGAUUUGGGAAAGAAAGCACAAUAAAUGUGCUUACCUCUUGAAAUCACAACAAAAUUCAAACACACUAAACAAAUACGCUCAAAAUAAUAAAUAUGAACUAGAUAGGAUUCAGGUACAAGCAAAAUUUAUUUGAUACAAAUAAUAUUUCAUAGACUAUUGACCUAUAAUGACGUAUAAAUGUACCGUUUAUUGACCGUUUUAGAUACUCAUAUAUUUCUUAUAUUAAAGCGUAUAUAUUUAAAAACAACAGCGAUAAAAACGAAAAAAAAAAACAAUAAUCAUGACAACGACAACAAGGGAACAAAUUUGAACCACACAUCAAAAAUCAUUAAAUUUAGAAAGACACCACAGUAGUCGCGCACAUUAUCAACGUCCGUAGAUGUUAAGCCUUAAAUCAGUAUCAAUUUAAAAUUUAAAUUUUAAUUUUAGUAACUUAUUAUCACCGAUGAUGAAUCUUGUGUUAGACAAAUAAAUAAAUGUAACGCACAAAGUGAAAUAAAGAGAACACAAUUUACAUAAUA